AUGCCUCUGCAAAGGAUACUUGCGGGGAUGGCACCGCGGUUCCUUCGCUCCCCGAAAUUUUUAUCUAGUCGUGCAGUUGUGCACUCAAACCGCUCGCUGGUGCUGCUGCCGUUUUUCACGUUGGUUGUCAUGACAGUUGUGGUGAUAAUGCUCUUCCCGCUGCUGGCGCUGCUGAACUCCAAUUACAUGAUGGAGGCCGAUAGGGCGGAGUUGCCUGCCGUCGUGCUGCCGCCCUGCGCCGCGGCGUAUUUCCGCGCGAAUUACGAGCGAUCGCUGCGGGAGACGCCGGCGGAUGAACGCCACGCGGCGCAUCUUCGCCACAUCGGCGUCGAUCACGUGUACGUUGUGCACUACACGCCGUUGCGCUACCGCCGCGGCAACAUGACCGCCAUGCUGCGGGCCCACGGUGUGCAUGCGGAGUGGGUUCUCGGAUUUGACAAGGAGGAACUCAACACUAGCACCGAUAGCUGUUUCCACUACUAUGACCCACAACAACUCACCGGCCCAAAGGCCCGACGAUACAACACUCGUGGCCUCUUUCCCCGACCUCUUGGGCCAGCGCAGCGUAGCGUGUUAAUCAAACAUUUUAGCGCAUAUUACGAUGCUUACCAACAUAAUUAUCAAACAAUACUUGUUUUAGAAGAUGACGCCCUACUACGUUUAGGAUUUGUCAAACGUCUAGAUGAAGUUUUACGCACCACUCCAUCAGGGUAUGAUGCUAUUUUUAUUGGAGGUUGCAUGCGAUUUUACGCAUGGCGAAGAAAGACGCAAACUGAGUAUAUUACCAAACAUAUUUACCGCAAACAGGCAUCACGUUGUGCUCAUGCUUUCAUUCUAUCCCAAGCUGGGGUACGGAAAUUACUGCGAUCCUUACCACUCACAGAAGCCAUUGAUUUUCAGAUGAAUGUUGCGAUGCGAGAGGAAAACAUGACGGUAUAUUGGGUAGAACCGUGGUUGUCUGUACAAGGACAAUUUGGCGAACCCACAUGUGUUACAAAGACUGAUAUAAAAAAUGCGGGUUCUUGUCGUUUUUCAACACAGCAACGUUACAGUCGUUCAUUUGAUUUGCGUUACCUAAAUGAGACCGAGGUGUUAGAGCGGUGGGAAAAUGUUCCACCAUUUCGACAUCAUCGAUGA